AUUUCCUGUCUCUGAAGUUGUACACAGAAAAUAAGAACUCUUGAGAUGUUCUGGGAGGAAGCUACGAGAAGUGAAGGGAGUGCAGAGAGUUGGCACUGGCAGCACAAGCAGUUCUCAGCUGAGAUUGCUCUUUGCCACCUUCUAAAAAGGAUUGGAGUGGCAGCUCGCAGAGUCUGUUCACUGAUCCCAUGGGAAAUUCGCAACGGCAGCAGCUCAGGUGGAAAUCAUAUGGGGACCGUAAGUUCAACUAACAAGCAGCUCCUACAGUGUAUACCCAACGGGUCCUGUUCAGAUUCGUGAUCGGUGUCUUCUAUGGGUCAUCUUUUUAGAAAAGAAGACUGAAAAGAAAAAAGGUCAAUGAUGACUACUUAACAGUGCUCUUUAAUGCUGGAAAUCUUACUCAGCUGACAUUAACUCUGGAUGUUAAUCUCCUGAAAGCCUUAUAGAAAAUGAUUAAUGAAUGUUUGGAUAGCUUUGGACUUGCUGGAAAGGACUAAAGUUAAACAUCAGAGGAAAUCAUCACAGUGACACUAUUAUUUUCUGGAUUACUUUGAUUUUUGUAGCUGUUGGAUUACAAGUCUAUAUACUUCUACAAUCUGCCUAUUUACUUUCUUAUAUUUAGUACAAAAAAUACAGGAAAAUUGUUAAUCCCCAUCAACCAGAACGAGACAUGGAUGUGCAAGUAGCUGAUCGAUAAAUGUCUUCCUCCAUUUAUAUUCUAAAAAGAACUGUAUACCCAGUAAACAUCUUAUAACACUUAGUACCGUUUCUUGCCAGUUUAGUAUUUCUGUAGAUUUUCACAAUGACUUUGGAUAAAUUUUCUCCGGGAAAAACAACAGUCAGGCUCCAGAUAGGCCUCUGCCGGGAGGCCUUUCAUCUCCAUCCAAGUGACGCCAAUUUUGUGACACUGAAGAGGCUUGCCAUGGACCUUGUAGAGAAGAAGUACCCUGAAUAUGGAUUUUUGGGUGUUUCUGAAAAGAUUCAACUUUUUCGACAUAACCUAAACUCAGAAAAUGUCCUAGAGCGUCUUAUACCCAGCAAUUUCAUUGGAGAGGGGGACUUAAUUGAAGUUGUUCUUCCUGCUUCUGUGUCCCUCGACUUCUCAAUCCGACCUCACAUCCUAUUAGUUCACUCCUACAAAUCUCCUGCCUUUUGUGACUAUUGUGGGGAAAUGUUGUUUGGUUUAGUGAGACAAGGCCUAAAAUGCCAAGGCUGUGGUCUAAACUAUCACAAAAGAUGUGCCUUUAAGAUACCUAACAAUUGCAGGGGUGUAAAAAGAAGUCACCUUUCCAGUAGAUCAUUUACAGGAGCAAGUUCUAUCACCAAGCAAAGAGCUGUGACACUACCUACUGGAGGCAGCUUAGAAGACCUAGGAGGAAAUAUCUCAGAGCAACAGGUUAACAACAAGAAAUCCCGUGUCUGCUCCUUUAAGGGACGACCUAUAUGGAAAGACUGGCAGGAUAUGAACAGAGUGAAGGUUCCCCAUACCUUUCAAGUCCAUACAUACACACGUCCCACAAUUUGUCAGCACUGCCGACGCCUCCUAAAGGGGCUUUUUAGACAGGGCAUGCAAUGUAAAGACUGCCGCUUUAACUGCCACAGACGUUGCGUUCCAGAUGUACCAGAUGAGUGCCUGGGAGAAGUAUCAAGUCUUGAUGGUGAAGAUACAGAAAGUUUUGGCCAAGAUGUUGAGGAUGAAAGUGAAAAUGAUAGACCAGUCAGCCUCAGUGGUAGCACACACGAUGAAGAGGAGAGUCUGAUGAAAAGUACAGAAAGCACAAUGUGCCCAUGUGAUAACCCAAUGUUUGAUAGUAACUUCAUCCCACUCAUGAGAGUUGUACAGUCUGUGCGAUAUAACAAGAAGAAAAAUAGUUGUGUGUUGAUGGAAGGCUGGCUGGUCCACUUUACUAGCAAGGAUAGUAUGAAAAAAAAGCAUUACUGGCAGCUGGACAGUAAAUGUAUAACCUUAUUCCAUAAUGAAACUGGUGGAAAGUUUUACAAGGAAUUGCCCCUUUCUGAUAUCCUUCACAUUGAGCUUUUUGACAAAAAUGUCAAUAAACCGACAAAAGAUAUGGAGACACCUCACUGCUUUGAGCUUUUGACGGACACCCUGGUGUAUUAUGUUGGGGAGCGACGUCAUAAUCCACAGGCUGGUUACAACCGUGCAGAUUCUGGAGAUACCUGGUAUAAAAUGAUUCGUCAAGCCCUGAUGCCUGGCAUGGGUGAGAGCACGACAACAAAGAAUUCGGCCCAGUCAAGUAUUCCAGGAGCUUCUCUUCUACCACAGCAGAAUUUGGAUAUCAGUCAUAUGUAUCAGAUCUUCCCAGACGAAGUUCUUGGCUCUGGACAGUUUGGUACUGUCUAUGGAGGAAAGCAUCGGAAAACUGGGAGAGAUGUUGCAAUAAAAAUCAUUGAUAAACUUAGAUUUCCCAGCAGGCAAGAAAGUCAGCUCAGAAAUGAGGUGGCCAUACUGCAGAACUUGCGCUGUCCUGGUGUUGUUGACCUGGAAGCUAUGUGUGAGACACCUGAACGUAUUUAUGUAGUUAUGGAGAAGCUGCAUGGUGACAUGUUAGAAAUGAUCCUGUCAAGCGACAAAGGUAGACUUCCUGAAAGGAUCACAAGGUUUAUUGUUACUCAGGUAUUGGAAGCUUUACGUCACCUUCAUUCUAAGAGUAUUGUUCACUGUGACCUUAAACCAGAAAACGUUCUCCUGGCAACAGAAGAUCCAUUCCCACAAGUAAAACUUUGUGACUUUGGCUUUGCCCGCAUCAUUGGUGAAAAAUCCUUCAGAAGAUCAGUGGUUGGGACUCCUGCAUAUCUGGCUCCUGAAGUUUUGAGAAACAGUGGUUACAAUCGGUCACUGGAUAUGUGGUCUGUUGGAGUGAUCAUCUAUGUCAGCCUUAGUGGCACCUUUCCCUUUAAUGAGGAUGAAGAUAUCAAUGAUCAGAUACGGAAUGCAGCAUUUAUGUACCCUAAGAACCCUUGGAAUGAGAUUUCAAAUGAUGCAAUUGCUCUUAUUAGCAGUUUGUUACAAGUACAAAUCAGAAGACGAUUUAGUGUUGACAAGGCGCUGAGUCACCCAUGGAUGCAGGAUUUUCAAACUUGGUUGGACCUUCGAGAAUUGGAAACCAAAGUUGGACAAAGAUACAUUACCCAUGAGAGUGAUGAUGCAAGGUGGCAGCGAUUUGCAGAGGAAUGUGGUAUUGAAUAUCCUCAACAUUUUGUCAUGGGACCUCAAUAUGAUGAAACUGAAGAGGAAGAUGAAGAAUGAAUGUUUUCUGCAUGUGUGAAUAUUGUUUAUUUGUCAGGUUAAAUACAUUGCACUGUGAGCAAUCCUUUGACGCUUACUAUGUGACAAUUUUUUUUUUAUUGUUACUUGUGGAUGACUUGUCCAGUGUCAUGAAUGUUUGUUAGACAAAAAGCUGGACAGUAAGAAUAUAUUUCUGAUUUAUAUAAAGUUAUGUAUAAAAUGAUAUUUGUUGUAACCAUAAAGGUUUGAUAUUCAUUAACACCAAAAACAUGUUUUUUUAACACUUA